GUUCAAUGCCGCGCCUCUCAAGAAUACAACCUACUCGAACUUCCUGACCCUCUUGUCGGCACACAGCACGACUGCCAACUCUGGCAGGACUCUCGUCAUUGACCAUUGUAUUGUCUAGGACGCGCCUGCCUGAGUUGCACACAGAGGACUUGCAAAGAGCUUCCCCACCUUCCCAGUGAGGUCCAUGGCCAGGAAGGGGCCCCGAGUUGCAGAGUCUAUCGCGCCUUCCAUCGUGACUUUGCUGUCAUCCAUGCCCACGAUGAGAUGGCUGAUAACUUCAGUUCUGGCCCGUCAAGUGCCCAAACCUUGCCCGCGGGCACGCACUUUUCCGCCUUCCUCCCCAAAAGUUCCGAAUCACCAUCUCUCCCAAAGUGUCAACUUCCCUUUCCUUGAUAACAACAUUUUCCUUUAUCUCUUCGCCCCCCACGAGGGAGGUACCCCGCUUUCGUGGUUGGCAUGUCGCAUGAAACGAACGGGAAACCGAUGCGCCUCAGUGGCGCUGCCCUAAGUUCUAACGUGGAAUCGCUCGGAAAACCCCCAAACAGUCUGUUUUGCUUCUUAGAAUCAACCUGCACCGCCGAUGGAAGAAUGGACGGCUCAUCUUGCUCGUGCCUCCCUAGUUUCACCGUACGUACCCGCCCUAGGGCGAACCCGAAUGUCCUCCACUUUCUUCACUGCUCCUGGAUACCUACCGUCUUCCCUCUGGCAUUGAUGUCGCUUGAUAUACCCGCCUUUGGCCACUGGCUAGCGGGUGAUACUGUACUGGUACUGUAUCGUGUGGUGGGAAGAUUGCAACUUUCUUUUUCUGCUCUCAACUGGGUACAUUUUGUCUUGGCCUCCUUUCCCCUGCAAUGGCUGACAGGCUCUGCAGCAGAGUGCAGGCUCGGGAACCGUUUUUCCCUGCCGACUUUAGCAGCCGGGCUGGUUCCGAUUUGGCUCCCAGAGAGACGGGAUAGUCUGCGGGAGCCUUCGCUGCCCUUGUCCUGGGACGUGGGACACUCCCAAGAAAGACAGACCCCUGACACGCCUGCGAAGCCCACAAGAAGCCUCCCCAGUCCCCCCGGCAGGCAUCUCCAGAGAAUGGCGUUCGGUUUCCCCAGCGACAAACAGUGACUGGCAUCGCGGAGAUGCCAGCUCGUGGCGGUGGGGCCGGACUUGUCGCCAGUCCCUAGCGGACCCCCGGAGCUCUGUUCGGAGUCCAUAGCAAGCACC